AUGCGCCCCCAGCCCCCUGCCGCGGGCACCCCACCCCCUCUCCGGCCAGCCUCCGAACUUCCAGUAACCUCGGUGCCCUUGGGUUGGGGUUCGCCGGGAAAGGGGGCGCUGGCGGGAGGCGGCGAGAGGCCCAGGGUGCCCGGGACGAUCUCGAGGGGGUCCCCCGGCAAGGGGGGGGCGCAGGCGGGAGGCGGCGAGAGCAAAGUUGGAGGCCGGCGGAGGGAGAGCAAAGGAGAGGCGGGCAGGACAGACGGAGGCGCCAGGCGGGGUGUCCCGGCCGGGCGGCGGCGCAGGCGGGACAGCGCUGCGUCCCGCGGGGCCCGGAGCCGGCGGCCGGGCGCAAGAGCAGGCGACCGGGCGGCCCCGCUUUCUCAUGCAAAGCAGCGGCGGAGGCGGGGCGCGCGCCCGGGGGCGGGGCCUGUCACCACUCGGCUUUUCCCCCUUCGCCUCUUUGCGAGUCUUCUCACCCCGGGACGCAAACCUCGGAACAGCUGCGGGCUGGGCCCGGCCGAGGCCGGCGGGGGUGGGGAGGAGCCGCGGCGCUGGCCCGGCCACCGUGCGCCCGCGCCGCCCGCCCGCUCCGGACGCGCCGCCCGGGAGCCCCCAGAAGAGGCCAAAGUUUGCUGGCAGAGACGCGCAGCCCGCGCCGGCCGCCUCGCCGAGGGCUCCGGGGCUCCCCUCGCUUCCCGGACGCGGAGCCGGGGCCGGCGACCCGAGCCCGGGAGCGGCGGCUCUGAGGGCGGCGGACCUCCCCGCGCCGGGGGCGCCUCCGACGCCACCAUGCAGCAGCGCCCGGGUCCCCGCCUGUGGCUGGUCCUGCAGGUGAUGGGGUCGUGCGCCGCCAUCAGCUCCAUGGACAUGGAGCGCCCGGGCGACGGCAAGUGCCAGCCCGUGGAGAUCCCGAUGUGCAAGGACAUCGGCUACAACACGACCCGCAUGCCCAACCUGAUGGGCCACGAGAACCAGCGCGAGGCCGCCAUCCAGCUGCACGAGUUCGCGCCGCUCGUGGAGUACGGCUGCCACGGCCACCUCCGCUUCUUCCUGUGCUCGCUGUACGCGCCCAUGUGCACCGAGCAGGUCUCCGCCCCCAUCCCCGCGUGCCGCGUCAUGUGCGAGCAGGCCCGGCUCAAGUGCUCCCCGAUCAUGGAGCAGUUCAACUUCAAGUGGCCCGACUCGCUGGACUGCAGCAAACUCCCCAACAAGAACGACCCCAACUACCUGUGCAUGGAGGCGCCCAGCAACGGCUCGGAGGAGCCGGCGCGCGGCUCGGGCAUGUUCCCGCCGCUCUUCCGGCCGCAGCGGCCCCCGGGCGCGCAGGAGCACCCGCCGAAGGACGGGGGUCCGGGGCGCGCCGGCUGCGCCAACCCCGGCAAGUUCCACCACGUGGAGAAGAGCGCGUCCUGCGCGCCGCUCUGCACGCCCGGCGUGGACGUGUACUGGAGCCGCGACGACAAGCGGUUCGCCGUGGUCUGGCUGGCGGUGUGGGCCGUCCUCUGCUUCUUCUCCAGCGCCUUCACGGUGCUCACCUUCCUCAUCGACCCCGACCGCUUCCGCUACCCCGAGCGCCCCAUCAUCUUCCUCUCCAUGUGCUACUGCGUGUCCUCGCUGGGGUACAUCAUCCGCCUCUUCGCCGGCGCCGAGAGCAUCGCCUGCGACCGGGACAGCGGGCAGCUCUACGUCAUCCAGGAGGGGCUGGAGAGCACGGGCUGCACCCUCGUCUUCCUGGUGCUCUACUACUUCGGCAUGGCCAGCUCGCUCUGGUGGGUGAUCCUCACGCUCACCUGGUUCCUGGCCGCCGGCAAGAAGUGGGGCCACGAGGCCAUCGAGGCCAACAGCAGCUACUUCCACCUGGCGGCCUGGGCCAUCCCCGCCGUGAAGACCAUCCUGAUCCUGGUGCUGCGCAGGGUGGCGGGCGACGAGCUCACCGGCGUCUGCUACGUGGGCAGCAUGGACGUGAACGCGCUCACCGGCUUCGUGCUCGUCCCCCUGGCCUGCUACCUCGUCCUCGGCACGUCCUUCAUCCUGUCGGGCUUCGUGGCCCUCUUCCACAUCCGCCGGGUGAUGAAGACGGGCGGGGAGAACACGGACAAGCUGGAGAAGCUCAUGGUGCGCAUCGGCGUGUUCUCGGUGCUGUACACCGUGCCCGCCACCUGCGUGAUCGCCUGCUACUUCUACGAGCGCCUCAACAUGGAGUACUGGCAGGCGCUGGCCGCGCAGCGCAAGUGCCGGGUCAACAACCAGACCAAGAGCCUGGACUGCCUCCUGGCCGCCUCCAUCCCCGCCGUGGAGAUCUUCCUGGUGAAGAUCUUCAUGCUGCUGGUGGUGGGCAUCACCAGCGGCGUGUGGAUCUGGACCGCCAAGACGCUGCAGUCCUGGCGGGGCGUCUGCAGCCGCCGCUUCAAGAAGAGGAACAGGCGGAAACCCGCCAGCGUCAUCGCCCACGGUGGGAUUUACAAAAAAGCCCAGCACCCCCCGAAAACGUACCUGGGGAAAUACGAGGUCCCGGCCCAGCCCCCCACCUGUGUGUGAAGUGCUGGGGGAUGGGGGCGGGAGCGGAACGCGCCCCCCCCCCCCGGAGGGCUCCCGGGGGCCGAGAGCCUGGCCCGGUGCUCUGCUCCGCCGGUGGGCCGGUCGGGUGGGUUU